UUAGUCCGCAUUCGAGUCGAAUUGAACCGUUGACUGCGUUGACACACUACAUUACCCAGAAAGCUGGGUGAUGUCAUACGUCGACUGCAAUCACGGUUGUAUCUCCAACAUGGCGUCGCUGGGAAGGAGGCGCGGUGUCCCAGUAAGCAGGGAGAGGGGAGUGAUGGCGGCGACAGACUGCUACAUUGUGCACGAGAUUUACAAUGGGGAGAAUGCGCAGGACCAGUUUGAGUAUGAGCUGGAGCAGGCACUGGAGGCCCAGUAUAAAUACAUUGUUAUUGAGCCCACACGCAUUGGAGAUGAAACGGCCCGAUGGAUUACCGUGGGUAACUGCCUGCACAAGACGGCUGUGUUGUCAGGCGCUGCUUGCCUCCUGACACCACUUUCACUGCCUCCUGAAUACUCACGCUAUGUUGCGUUGCCCGCUGGUGCCCUCAGUGUGGCCUGUGCUGCCCUCUACGGGAUUUCAUGGCAGUUUGACCCCUGCUGCAAGUACCAGGUGGAAUAUGACAGCCAAAAACUCUCGCGGCUGCCCCUGCAUACACUCACCUCCUCAACGCCCGUGGUAUUGGUACGCAGGGAUGACGUCCACAGAAAGAGACUCCAUAAUACGAUAGCACUGGCUGCCCUGGCGUAUUGCGCCAAGAAGAUCUACGAACUCUAUGUGGUAUGAGAGCAUUCUGAAGAGAACGAACAGAAAAAGGAGGAAAAAAAACAAACAAAUUAAAAAAAAAAAAUGGAACCUGUCCACCCCCAGAUGUAAGAAAAGUGGAAGUCAUGAUCAGGCCCAGCAUUUAGCUCCACAUGUGUUGUGGAUGCUUCCAUUUUGAACUUUGAUCAGAGGGAUAUAGUUAAAACUAGAAGGAACUGUUUUUCCCUUGCAUUUCCUUUACUUCUAUGUGACGACAACAGCACAUUUAUCUCUGUAGUACCCUUGCCCCUCCUCCCCUGUGUCCUACACCUGUAUUUUUGACACGCAGCAAGCUAGUGCACAUGGUGUGACAGCAGUUCCUCUGGACUGAACUGUAUUGCAGUUGAAAUGGACAGACAUGUUUUGAGUACCAAGCUCUUUCCCCUUUCCCUCGUAGUUUUACUGUACCCCUUUCUUGCUGAUCAGUACAUCACCCUUUCAUUAAACAUUAGAAUAUUUCGAACUCA